AUUUCUCAUCGAUAACACUUUUUAUUUACUUUUUGUGACCCCUAUUAAAAUUAUCUCAACGCAGCAAAAUAUGUAUUUAAUCUCAUUUACAUUAAAUCAUUUUUCUAAGAAGCGUCAUUUUUUUAAAUAAAAAAUCAUCCAAAAUUUUUUCUUUUUUAAAAAACAAAAUGGGUGGGCAGGAUUCGUCGUAUGCUAAAAUAGUAUCUUCUCAACAACAAAAUUCUUCUUCACAAAAUAUUGUAUCUCAGCCUUCGCCAUCUACAUCCUCUUCCACUACCACUUCUCCUCUUGCACUUUUGAAGCAGGAAAAGAUUGAUCAAACGCAAUGGAACACUGCAGAAUGGUUCGGAAAAAGUGCUUAUUGGCAAAAUGAUCUCGUUAAUUGGAUAAUCCUCGCUUCGGAAGAAAAAGAAAGUUCUGAACAAAAAAAUAUUGAUAAAGGGUUGGAAAUAAUCAGAAAAGAAACAGAUGAAAUAUUUAAAGCGGGAAUGGUUAAUUCAGAUUCUUAUAAUUCUUGUUUAGAUUUAAUCACGAGAUGUAGAGAUAUUCGUGAUUCUAAUUUUAAUUAUAAUAAAAGAAUUGAAUUAUUAAAGAUUAUAUUUGGUUAUUUACAAAUGAAAUCUGAGGAAGCUAAAUUGAUUAUCAACACUAUAGAACAAAUGAGCGUUGAGCAACGCUCAGUUUUAAGAUUUAUGACUCAUCAAAAGAUUCAAUCAAGAAUCGCUUUUUUGAGAACUACAUUAAAAACUCAUAAGUCGAGUAUCGAUAUGGAAGGAUAUCAUUCCGAAAAUGAUGGACUUCGUGAAAAAAAUUCAGAAUUAGAAGGGCAAAUCCAACUCUUAUCACAAGCGGAUCAAACAAAAACAAGUCAUGAAUCUUUUAUUAGAGAGCUUAUAGAAAAUUGUAACAAAAUGACUCUCAAUGACGAUAAAAUGAAAUCGGAAUACGAAACGCAAAUAAAACAACUGAAAUCAGAAUAUGAAACACAAAUAAAACAACUACAAGAACGUGAAAGUAAAAUGAAACCAGAGUAUGAAGCACAUGUAAGACAACUUCAAGAACGUAACGAUAAAAUGAAAUCAGCCUACGAAGAACACAUAAAUCAACUUCAAGAAGAAGCAAACGAAUUACGCAAAGAAGCAAAAUCAGCUAACGAUGAAGCAUCGGGUUAUCAGGCUGCUCUAGGAAGUGCAACAAAUGUUCGUUGGAGUGACAGCACUUUUAACAAUCCCAUUCAAUUAACGAAAGAUAUUGAAAAAUUUCAACAUUUGUUAGCUGAUUUUACUAAAGUUAAAGGGAAAUCUGUCAAAAUUGACGAGGAUGCUGCUAAACGGUUAUUAACUAAAUAUGAAUGUAAAGCAAAUCUCAAUUCUAAAGAAAUUAAAAAUUAUUUAGCGGCUGCUCUUCAACGAAUGAUUCUUGAAGCAAUAUUUAAUAUUGCGGAUAAUUUAUAUAGAUCUGCUGAAAAUUCCGAGACUUUUUCUGACGGACGUCUUGAAUCGUAUAUAGUUUAUUAUACUCAAAAACUUGUUAAAUUUACAAAUCUAUUGGCUAAAAACCGCGAAGGAAAAGACAGCAUUACUAAUGUAACUCCAAUUAAAAUUCGCCAGCAAGUAUAUGCUGCUUUAGGAUCUCGUGGGUUCGCUAAAUCUAAUCAUUCAUAUAUGAAGAAACUUGUUAAUGAUUUAGUGAAUAAAAUGGAAAAGUAUCGUGAAGUGGUUGAUGAAGAAAAAAAGAAAACUUUACAUUCUGAAGCCGAAAAAAUUAUUCGUACUGGUAUGCAACUUUGGUUUUGUUUGAAAGCUCAAGAACCAGUACCAAAAAUUCAUUGGUUUAAAUCUGGUGCCCAUAUAGAAACACAUCUUAUGGUAGGAUCCUGGGAGAGUGAAAAUAUUAAAGAAAAUGAAGUAGAUUUUGCAUUUUUCCCUCUUAUUAUUGCUCAAAAUGACACUCAAGAUAGUCAAGUUUUUAAUAAAGCUCAAGUUUUCAUUCGUCCAAAACAAACCGGAAAGUUUCAAAAAAUAAAAGGAUAUCUUUUUUAAAAAUUUCUCAUAUGUAACUUUUAUAUUUUAUACGCAAUAAAUAUUUAUUUUA